AAACCUAUACGUAAAUUGAAAGUGAAAGUAAAGAUAACAGUUUCGUUUCAUGUUUUUAAGUCCGUUGAUUGUUACAAACAUAAAGAGUUACACCUUGAGAAGAGUGAAUGCUACACACAUUUCUUGAUAUCGAUCGGUUUCUGCUAAUUUUUAUCUAAACCGCGAGGCUAAAUGUGACGUGGUCCUAUACAAACAUCCUAACAGUUUUUAUUUCUUACGUGUCUGUGGAUGGGAUUAUCUUGGAUCAAAAUGGCUUUUUAUAGAGUUGUUUCUUUUCGUCCACCUUAUGUGAGAGGUCUUACCAACGACAGCCUGUCCUGCUGCAUUAAUGCUUUGCUUCAAUCUUUUAAUGUCACCACAGAACUGAUGGAAUUACUGAACAAAUGGCACCCAUCAGAGGUUGAGCGGACUAAUGUCCCCGCGCAGCUGAAGAGAGCUCUGUAUGCCAUAAGAGAUCCAUCGAAUCCAUAUCCACACAUAGAUUUCCUGAAAUGUCUUCAUCAUCACUCCAUACACCGUAUGCAUUUGACACGAUAUGAUGAACAUGAUGCAGACGAAAUAUUUCACACUAUUAUCAAUCUCACCCAGAAACAGAUGGCGGACAAAGACAUUGCUCAGCAAAUCCGGAAGCUUUUUGAGAUAAAGGUGGAGACCCGGGUGAUGUGUAAAACAUGCACAUACAUUCAAAAAGUGCCCAACUCUUUGUUCAGCCUCCCCUUGGCAAUCCAAGAAGAGGAAAACGACCUGAAGAUCUGCAUCAAGUCGUUUAGCCAGGAGCAAACCCUGAAGGACGGUGAUGAGUGUUAUUGUGACAGGUGCUCAGAGAAGCAGCCCUCCACUCAUCUACUAAGAUUUGAUUCGCUGCCUGCAGUGCUGUGUGUCCACCUCAAAAGAUUCAGAAUUUAUAAUGGAUUCACCAGAAAACUUAGGAACAAAGUGACAUUCCCUGACACACUUCAAAUGGACAUUUUUGAUGCAGGACUUUUGGAAAAUGCUGAGUUUUACAGUCUCUACGCAGUUAUAGUGCAUAUAGGAACUGCUUUAUUUGGUCAUUAUACUGCUUAUAUCCGGCCAACUCAGGAUCAGGACUGGUACUAUGCUGAUGACUGCAAAGUUCGAAAAGUCUCCUGGUCAGAUGUCCAGGACACAUAUGAAGGAUACAAUACUGCCUACUUGCUUUUGUACAGAAAGAUGAGCCGGGGUGCAUCUGAAUAACUGAGAGGAACUCUGCAGCCAAUGAGGACUUUUAUUUAUACCUCUAUAUCUCCAAAGACAUACAACAUAUAUAAUUAAACAUAUAAAUUUUAUUUAAUAAUAGGACCAAAAUCUUUUUAAAGUUAUAUUUUCUGUAUAGAGUAGUGUGGUGUUCUGUAUAGAAAGUGGUGUUAAUAAGAAAAUAAUAUAUGUAUAUGGUAUGGGUUUAUAAAUAUAUUCUGUGUGUGUGUGUGCGCGCGCGCGUGCGUGCGUCCGUGCAUGCUUGUAUAUGCCUUUAUAUGGAUCAUAUAUAUUUAGGUUGUUUAGUAAUUUAAUAAUUGUUAAAUAAUAUCACAGUGUUGCAUACUUUUACAAUAUAUUUUAAUAUAAAUAAUGCAAUGUUUGGAAAAUAUGUUGCUUUUUACCAUAUUGUAUUCAUGCAUUACUUCAGAUCUUCUCUCACAGUUAAUAUAUUUUAUGUAAAUCAUAAAAUGUUUUUGUCUUCAUUUGUCCACAAGGGAGCAGCAAGUCCAAAAAACACUAAAGUAAAAUGUUUGUUAAAUGCUUGUGUGGAAACACAUUUCAUCAUACAUUUUCUGAUACACACGUAGGGGAGGUUUCCCUGACAGGGCUAGUCCUAGUCCCAAAAUGCAUGUUUGAGCUGCCUUAAUAAAAAAAACUUGACUUAGAACUGACUUAUCUUUACAUAUAUUAAUGCCAUUGUUUUGUCUCAAGAUGCACACAAGUAUUGUUUUGGUAAGGUAUGUUUGUAAAAACAUUAUAAAAAUUCGUGGAUUACUCUUAUCCC